AUGUUCGCGGAUCUCGUCAACACCACUCUUACUGCCACGCCGCUCCAACCAUGGCGCCAGGUUAAUUCAACGAGCUGGACUCGUCAGUGCUUCUCUGCCGAGGCGUUCUUCUCGCUUUUUGAGAUUGUGGCCGAUGGAACAGGACAAAUGCCUGUAUUUGUUACUUUCGACACGAAAAUUGCUGGGGCAGAGCUGGUCGAGCGCGUUCGCAACGCCUGGCUCAGCCGCCAUGCGUCCAUGCCACACGUGGCCGUUGCCAUUUCGGAACCGAAUCAUGCAACAGAGGUAUCAAAGGUGUCUUCAAUGACAUAUAGCAUGCUUCUCUCUGAAGCUGAUGCCCAAGAGUGGCUGCAAGAUACGUUCAGCGUGGUGAGAGAUCAGAGUGCCGUCGCUUAG